GGGCGUAGUCCAUACUUGCAAUUUCGAUGACAGACAUAUGAGUUCACAAGCAUAGAAGCAGGAGGGGAAUCUAGGAGGGAGAUUCUUUUGGUUUAACAAGUGUUUCUAUACCAUUCACAAACAAAAAGCAGAGUGAGACACUGUGUGGGUGAAUAUAAUUAGUUUGUAGCAAUGGAGAUAGAGAGUGAGAUAAGGAAGUCAAGGUUUAAGAGGAUUUGUGUGUUCUGUGGAAGCAGCCAGGGCAAGAAGAGUAGCUAUCAAGAUGCUGCUAUCGAGCUUGGCAAGGAAUUGGUGUCAAGGAACAUCGAUCUGGUCUACGGUGGGGGAAGCAUUGGUCUAAUGGGUUUGGUUUCACAAGCAGUUCAUGAUGGCGGUCGGCAUGUCAUUGGAGUUAUUCCCAAGACGCUCAUGCCUCGAGAGCUAACUGGCGAAACGGUGGGAGAAGUGAAGGCAGUAGCAGACAUGCACCAAAGGAAGGCUGAGAUGGCUAAGCAUUCCGAUGCCUUUAUUGCCUUACCAGGCGGCUACGGGACUUUAGAAGAGCUUCUUGAAGUCAUUACCUGGGCUCAACUUGGGAUUCAUGACAAACCGGUAGGAUUAUUAAAUGUCGAUGGAUAUUACAAUUCCUUGCUAUCAUUCGUUGACAAAGCCGUGGAAGAGGGAUUUAUUAAUCCUAAUGCCCGCCACAUCAUUGUAUCGGCGCCAACACCUAAAGAGUUGGUCAAGAAAUUAGAGGAUUAUGUUCCCCGUCAUGAAAGUGUUGCUCCCAAGUUGAAGUGGCAGAUUGAACAGCUGGGUUACCCUGAAGAAUAUAAUAUUUCAAGGUAGUUAGGUUUACUUCAAGUGCAAGGAAGAUGAAACCUGACAGAAGUAACAUUGAAAGUGGAAGAAGCUAAUUUCUAGAAUCACUCUUCUUUUGUUUUUUUUUUUUUUAACCUUUGCCAUUUAAAAUUUCUUCUGUAAAUUACUGGGAUUGACCUGAAUACGUGAAACUCAUUAGUUUCCUACUUGUGAGAGUCUGAUUUCCUUUCAAGCUGUAAGUAGUAGGGUCUUAAUCUGGAAUUAUCCUUCAAUACUAUCAAUUAGCUUUUAACUUGCCUGGG